CGUGUGUAUAUAUUCUUGUUUCAGUCGUUUGACUGCGGCCAUGCUGGAUGGAGCACUGCUUUUAGUCGAGCAAAUCGACCCCAGGACUUAUUCUUUGUAAGCCAUGCAGUGGGACUGAUCCUGGAACCAUGUGGUUGGGAAGCAAGCUUCUUACCACACAGCCAUGUCUGCACCUUAUUUAUUUAUAUAUAUAUAUAUUCUUCUAUUCUUUCAUUUGUUUUGAUCUUUGGGCUGCUGCCCGACUUUGGAGUUUCAGUUGAACAAAUCUACCCAGUCGGUCGUGAUUUCAAGUUUGGUAUUUAUUCUAUCACUCUUUGUCAAAUCAUUAAGUGAUAGGGAUGUAAACAAACCUACACUGGUUGUCAAGCAAUAGUGGAACCAACACAAAUGUGCAUGUAUAGAUUUAGUUAAGCUAUAAACAAAUAAAUUACCAGAGACCCAGAAUGUGUCAGUGAAAGAUUUAUCCAGUUAAAUAUAUAAGGGCCAGUCCAUGCCUGCUUAACCAGAAGUCAACUUCACUGCUGACCACCUCCUUAGCUAGCCCACAAUGAAUUUCUUGUCUAUAGUUCAUCUGUCAUAAAUCCUUGGACAGUGCCCUACAUAUUACACCCCUACAGUUCAUCUGACAUAAGUCCUUGGACAGUGCUCUACAUAUUGCACCCCACCAGAACUGUUGACUGUCAUUGUAACAAGGAAGACAUUUUAACUGUCCUGCCUGUGCAUGUGGUUACUCGGCUCUUUGGUGACUGUUCCUUGCCAAGGGUUGGUGUUAUUUGCGUGGGGUGGCCCCUAUUUGGUACUUUAGCUAUUUGGAUGGGGCUGUCAAUAUUGAGAUGGGCUGGUUUCAACCUAUUGAUGGAAACUGUGUCUUGUUGUCUCAUCACUCUUGCUGCAGAAGAGAUGAAGCAAUGACCAAGUGAUCCUGAUCCCCUGACCAAUCUUGGAGGGCAGCAGUUCCAAAUAAGAAUUCAGUAAAAAUAGUACAACUCAUCCAAGUCAUGGCAUCAUGGAGAGUGAAUGUAAAAUGAUGUUUAAUAAUUGGGACAAAAAUUUCUCUUAUAUAAUGGAAUGAGAAGUGGAAGUGAAAUAUAAAAAUGAAACGCUUCUGUCGGAAAGGAAUACCAAAUGAAUAUCGGGCAACAGCCUGGAUGUCACUGUCCAAAGCAGACAAAUAUAUGAAGAAUAACCCAAGCUUAUAUCAAGAACUUCAGUCACAGACUUUGGAUUUGAAAGUAGAAGAAAGCAUCAAACUAGAUCUUCAUCGAACAUUUCCUGAGAAUAUUUAUUUCAGUGACACAAAUGAUACAGAGAGCAGCUUACAAGUCCCUCUCUACAACGUUCUCAAAGCCUUAGCAAUAAAGAAUAAGAAAAUAGCAUACUGCCAGGGUAUGAAUUUUGUAGCUGGUUUGUUGCUUAUAACUGUGAAAAAUCAAGAAAAAGUCUUCUGGUUAAUGGACACUUUAAUGAAUGAGAUUUUACCAGAUUUUUAUAAUCCUGACAUGAAAGCACUUAAAGCUGAGCAGGAGUUGUUGGGACAAAUUGUGAGUUGGAAAUUACCAGAAGUUCACAGACAUCUUGUAUCAUUGGGUGUUCCCUGGAUGCUUAUUGGAACUAAGUGGUUCAUUUGUAUGUAUGCAGAUGUUGCCCCAGUUGAGACUGUUUUACGCAUUUGGGAUGCCUUGUUUUAUGAAGGUUCCAAGAUCCUACUGCGAGUUGCUUUCACUUUGAUCUCAAUGAACAGCGAUAAAAUUCUGGCCUGUAAAGAUUUUCCUGAAGCUGUUCACAUAAUUCAGAGUUCAGUAAAAAACCCUUUGGUGAAACAUUGUCAUAGUUUCAUGGAGUUAAUUUUCAAAGAAACAGGAUCAUUUCCUCGCAAUGAAAUCACAAAGAUGAGAAAAAGUUGUAUUGAGAAAAUAACAUAGCACAAAUCACAAAUUCCAUAUGGUCUACAAUGGUUGUUAAAAAUAUUUAUCUGGUUCAGAGAUCCUUGAAAAAUAUUGAGAGAAUGCUAAGAGAGUAUUCUCGACUCCUUAUUUGUAACUCUUCCUAAAUUUACUCUUUCCACAGAGUCCUUUUUCUCUAAACCAAUUUUGUUUUUUAUUGGCAAAAUUUGAAAAAAAAAAACAUUUAACACCUUCCUUGAAACCCCCCCCCCCAAAAAAAAACAUAGAAUGUAUUAUUUAUUUUAUUCUAUUCCAUCUUUAUUUUUGUUAUUCACCUCUUACCCAAAACAGUCUUUCCUUUUGAUAAUAAACCCAACCACAACCAGUGUCUUUAUUUCUCACAAAAGUCUGAGAGAGAGAGAGAGAGAGAGAGAGAGAGAUGUUUGUGUUGUGUUGUGUAUGUGAGGGAGAUUGUUUCUAUAAAAUAUUUUGGUUUAUUUAAAUCUACAAUUUAAAGGGAACAAUCCAGAAACUUUCCUUAAUUUUUUCUCAUUAGUUGCACAAUUUAAAAGAAAUAUUUUUUUCCUUUUACUUAUCUUGAGCAAGUUAAUUAGUUGCUCUUAAUAUAUAUUGUCUUGGGGCUCAUUUUACUUUGCAAAACUGUGAGUAUCUCUCACACUGAGGUAUCGCUCACUGAUGCCAGAAGCAGGAGCAUUCUAUGCGAGAAUGCAAGCAAUAGAAGCACUCAGUGAGGAAGACUCUACACAGUCACUUCUUCUGCUAGAAAUAGCAGCCAAAUAUUUUUCAAACAUCUUUUUUAAAAAAAAUAGUGGACACAUUGAAUACAGGUACAACAUUGAUUUUCCAGAACUUUUGGUUCCAAAACCUUUCCAGAUGACUGCUUUUUCCAAAGCAGGAGUGGUCACCUCUAAAUUAAAAAAUAGAAUAUUAAAUUUACUUAAAUGAUUAAAUGAGAUACUGCUACAUGUAUGUUAGUAUAAAUGAUACAAGUUUGUUAAUACUGUGCUUGACAAGGUACUGUGAAACAGGAACAAUCAGUAUACUAGUCUGGUGGCAGCAAGAAUUUGAAGUUCCUGCUCAGAAAUUUAUGCGGGUUUAGAGAGGUUCCAAAUUAUUAUAGUCUUGAAAGUCAGUGCUGUACCUCGAAACACUAUUCUUAAAAACAAGACAAGACAGGGUAUAGUUGGAAUGCCUUUGAAAAUAGGUUGUUCUGGGAUGAUAUGGGGUUCUAUAAUUAAGGAAUGUGUUAUCAACUUGCUAUGCUGAGUUUGAAGCUUUCCUGCAGGUCUGGGCCUUAACAGAAGUACUUUUAAUACAGCUUGGUUCAGCCAAUUUGAGAUAAAAAAACGCACCUAUUUCUGAGUAACAGAUUUUGAUAUAAUGAUUGCAAGAAGUCAUUGAUUAAAGGUGUUCCUGAAUUUGAAAUGAAAUAUUAUAGCAUGAUGAAUAAUCAGUUGUUUUCCCAAAAGUAAAAAGAACAUUUGCCAUUUAUAAAUUUAUUAACAUUUUCCUCCCAACUCUGUUAUUUAUUCGUCUAUAAACUUUUCCUUUUCAAAACA